AGAGAGAGAGAGAGAGAGAGCGUGGCCUCAAAUGAACCCAACACCCUCUGUCAAAAAAGCCUGACUUUCUUCUCCAUACCCAUUCUCCAUAUAAACUCCCCAAAUCCCACUAAAGUUUCAACCUUUGAGCCCAAAACACACAAACAAGAAAAGCUUCUCCCACACCAUGAUGAUGUCUGACUCCGGCGAAUCACGACAGAUAGCGAUGAGACCUCACGGCGUGAUAACAGGGCUUCCUCCGACCGCCAGCGAGCAGCAAGAGCAGCUCCCAUGUCCUCGCUGCAACUCGACCAACACAAAGUUCUGUUACUACAACAACUACAACUUCUCUCAGCCUCGUCACUUCUGCAAAUCCUGUCGCCGUUACUGGACUCACGGCGGGACUCUCCGCGACAUUCCCGUCGGCGGCGGUACUCGCAAAUCCGCGAAACGCUCCCGCACUUGCUCCGGAACCAGCAGCGUUCCGUUGCAAGCGACACCUGUUCUCUUCCCUCACUCGUCGACCUCUAACGGCGUUAGCCACACCGUAACCGCUCCGCUCGAAAACGACGGAAAGGGAAGCGCUUUAUCUCUCUCCGGCAACUUCACCUCUCUGUUGAACCAGAACAACGCAGCGCACGGAACCGGGUCGGUUAUCGGAAUCGGGCUCGGGUCGAGUUUUGAUGACGUCAGCUUCGGACUCGGAAGAGCCGUGUGGCCGUUUUCGACCGUGGGGGAUUCUGCGACGACUAAUGUCCCAGGGGUUGCGGUACCGUACACGUGGCAGUUCGAGGGUUUAGAGAGCAGCAACGCCGUUGAGUACUUUGCGUGGCCGGAUCUCUCCAUCACAACACCUGGGAGGAACUCCCUCAAAUGAAGAUAUGACUUUUUCAUAAAGCUUCUGUCUUUACGAGAGGGUUUCGAUUUUCUAUUGCCCUUGUCAGUCUUCUAGGGAUCAUCUCUUACUCUUUUAGUGUGUGUCUGGUCUUUUUAGAAUUUGUGGCUUUUUUCUUUUGUUGACUCUUUAAGGAUCUUUUGCCUUGUUACUUUCUACUCUGUUAUUACAGUUCUUGCACAAGUGGUUUAGAAUGAAAAUGAGGAUAUUUGUUUAGAACAAGUCUUGUUCUAAUCAUAUAA